GCCGUGCGGUGAAAUGUGGAAACAUCUCGGCAUUUGGAGAAUCUUCGAUUUCGUGUCGGACCAGCGCUCAUUCAUUCAUCAAACAGCACUACGGUGAAAGUGGACUAUUGGUCAUAGCUGCAGAAAUCAAACGUGUUCUUGGACUCCAGCUCCGACGGUCAUGAGCGUGCCGCUGCUCACUGAGUCGCUGUCGCAACACUGUGCCGCUGGAAGUAUUUAAAAGCGCACGAAAGACGGAAAGAAGCCGAUGUGUUUGGAGCACAUUCCUUGGGGAUAUCAAUUCGAUAUUCAAAAAUACCGCAAAGGGUGACAGUGGGGCACUUCUGUUUGAGCGACGUGGAUUUCAAUGGGCAUUACACCUGGCUUACUCAGAAAUCUUAGUCGGUGUAUGAAGUGCGGACCAUCGAGGCUCAUUGGAUUCUCCCCACUGUGUCUGGGAUAAAAAAAAAUCCGACCGGUUUUUGGAGCCGGACCCUCACCGAGACCAGUAAAGACACUGAUAGAUUUUGGCGCAAGCUUUUUUUCUUCUUCUUUGAGUAGAGACGCGGUGUGCCCGCGGAAAGGCUCGGGCGCGUGCCAUCGCGUUGUGUUGCCCAUCGCACGAGUUUUCCUCAUUUUUGCGAGAAUCACAUCAAAACGAGAACACUGUCACAGCGAGAACCACAUCAAGACGAGAACCCCGUCAAAACGUGGACUUGGCUGGAUGUUUGGCACGCCAGUAUUUUCCACUCCCGGUAGACCGCUUUGCCCAGGUACACCGUGGGAGAGGAUUUAAAUCCGGAUACCUGUAACUUUCUCCCGUUUUGGAACUCCAACUAGUUGUCCAAGUCGAUAUCGUCAUGUGCCUUUUUUGGAGACUCUGAUUGAACACAUAUCGGGGAGACAAAAGAGAGAGGGGUUAUCCAAAUCAUAAGGGCAAGCCAUCCACUCCUACAUAUGCGCACAUCCAGCGUUGCGCCGAAGAUAUACAUGUAGGCAUAUGUAUUUUUACAUGUAUGAAUGUAGCCUACAAUUUGACAUUUGGACCGCCGGAGAAGUGUUCAAAGCGUCGAGUGGAAGCGAUAUAUGAAGAAAUAACUUGACUGGGAUUACGUGCAUCUGGGAUGACUACCAUGUCAGGUGCAAGAUAUUGCGGAGGAACUCUCCUGCUCUGCCUAGCGUCCCUUUCCAAUGCGCUUGCAGGUAGAAUCUCGCCCACCAGCUCUGAUGCCCUCCUCAGCUCCUCCGUGGCAACGGCCAACCCCUCCCCACCGAACGUCUACCUCCCGGUCACCUUCAAGCUGUCCAACGCCCAGCUGGCCUUCUUCCUCCAAGAGGUCCAGAGCACUGGACCCGUCUUCGGUGGCGGUGCAGGCGGCGGUCGGACCGGCGGCGGCGUGAGCCCUCCCCAGAACGGGGGCCACCCGCUGCAGCGCUCGGAGAGCUUCGUGGUCUUCCAGACCAAGGACCUCCCGGCCAUCAACAUAACCUUCGGGCCGUUCUCCCGGGACCAGGCCCUCUCCAAGGAGCUGCUUCAGCCGGCCAGCCCGCUGGACAUCCCGGGGCAGCUGACGGUCAACUGGAAGGUGCGGGCGUUCAUCGUCCAGGCCAGGGUCUUCUCCAACAACCCCACGGUGCAGGUGUUCUUCUACAUCGCCGGGCGCGACUGGGACGACUUCAAGGCCCAGGACCGGCUGCCCUGCGUGCGGCUCCAUGCCUUCCGGGACGUGCGCGAGAUCAAGACCUCCUGCCGCAUGAAGGGGAACCUGGCCCAGUGCCUGGCCCAGCUGGACCUGCCACCGGCCUGGUUCAACGCCCACAUGGCCCCACUGGGCCGGAGGAAAGGCUCCAACGAGGGGCUCCUGGAUGGACUCACCAGCGAGACCCUGCAGGCGGAGCUUUACUACACCUUGCACGAGCCCAACGCGGAGGGGGAGUGCAUGGAGGGCCUGGGCCACCGGGGUGGCUCCAGGGGGGAGCCUCUGUCACAGCACCCCCUGCUGCGCAUCGGCAGCAUCAGCCUCUACCAGGCCAGCCAGGAGCAGCAGCUGGUGGAUAAGCAGCUGGACAAGAACAUGUUCCUCAGGCUGCCCGAGAAGCCCCUGAUGCCCGGCGAGACCCUCACCAUCUUCCUCUACCUGAUGCCCAACGCCACCAUCGAGCAGUUCUCCCUCAAGGUCAAGGCGAAGAAGGGGGUAAACCUGCUCCAGACGAAGUCAAAGAACGCCCAGUGGAAGGUGGACUGGGAGGUGCAGUCCGGGGCGAAGCAUUCCAUCACCACCAUUGACGUGAGCAAGAACAAAGUGGCAAAGGCUGGCGAGGUCCUGGGCAACGUGGAGGUGAUGCAGCUGGACUUUGAGAUGGAGAACUUCACCAGCCUGUCUGUGACGCGACGCAUCAACUGGAACAUCGACUACAAGGGCCAGAACCCGCCGCCGGACUCUGAGAAGGUGGUGACGGAGCUGACGGUGGUGCAGCGGGACAUCCAGGCCAUCGUUCCCCUCUCCAUGGAUACAGAGAUCAUUAAUACAGCCAUCCUGACCGGCCGAACAGUGGCCAUCCCUGUCAAGAUGGUCUCCAUAGAGAUGAACGGAGCGGUGACGGACGUCUCGGCCUUUGUGCAGUGCAAGUCCUCCAACGAAGACAUUGUUAAGGUGUCCAUGAACUGCGACUACGUGUUCGUCAACGGAAAGGAGACACGGGGGUCCAUGAACGCCCGGGUCAUCUUCAGCUACGAGCACCUGAGCGCGCCGCUGGAGCUGACGGUGUGGGUGCCCAAGCUCCCGCUGCAGCUGGAGCUGUCCGACCGCAGCCUCAGCUUCAUCAAAGGGUGGAGGGUGCCCAUUCUGCCGGACCGGAGGAGCACCCGGGACAGCGACGCGGCCGCCGACGAGGAGGACGAUGAGCCGCGGGUCAGCCGGGGCUGCGCGCUGCAGUACCAGCGGGCGCUGGUGCGCGUCCUCACCCAGUUCCACACCACGUCGGCCGAGGGCACGGACCAGGUGAUCACCAUGCUGGGGCCCGACUGGCGCGUGGACGUCACCGACCUGGUGCAGGACUCCCUCAAGGUGGCCGACCCCCGCAUCGCCGAGCUGGUGGACCGGACCGUCCUGGUGGGACUGGAGCUGGGCGCCACCGCACUCAAGGUGGAGUCCCCGCUGGCCGUGGACGCCGUCCUGGGGGAGGCGGCGUUCUCCGUCACUGACGACAAGGUGUCCAUCACGGAGCUGCGCGUGCACGCCGUGGCGGGCCUCAGCCUGACGCUACAGCCCAGCCCCGGCAACAGCCACACCAUGGUCGCCAAGGCGACGGGCCUCCAGACCCUCACUGCGCCCAAGCAGGAAGCCAGCCUGUCCGUCUGGAUGUACUUCAGCGACGGCACGGCCGCGCCCCUCACCUACUUCGACCCCAAGGACUACAACCUGAACGCCUCCAGCCUGGACGAGCGGCUGGUGUCGGUGCAGCAGGAGCCGCCCCCCCGCUGGCCGGCGGUGGUGGCCGAGGGCGAGGGCGCCGGGGAGGCCCUGCGGGUGGAGAUGACCAUCUGCGAGGCCUGCCAGAAGACAAAGCGCAAGAGCGUCAUCGCCGCGGCCGCCGUCUCCGUCAAGGUGCGCUUCGGCCCCGAGGAGGACUCUGAGGAGGAGGACGAGGGCGGCGACGCCCCUGGCGGCGCCGGCACGGCCUCCUCCGUCACCCGCCGGCCCCCCGUCGUGGUGGAGACCCACGUGGGCGGGAGAGGGUACGACGCGUCCAACGAGCAGCCGGCCAGCGUGCCCAUCGACUACACCAACUUCCCCACGCUGGUGGGCCACCGGGAGCGGCCCACGGAGGGCGGGGCGCCCGGGGUGGUGGUGGAGGAGGAGGAGGAGGAGGAGGAAGAGGACGACGAGGACGACGACGGCUUCCUCCACCCGUCGCGCAACAUGUCGGACCUGGAGAUCGGCAUGUAUGCGCUGCUGGGGGUGUUCUGCCUGGCCAUCCUGGUGUUCCUCAUCAACUGCAUCGUGUUCGUGCUCAAGUACCGCCACAAGCGCAUCCCGCCCGAGGGCCAGGCCAACAUGGACCACUCCCACCACUGGGUGUUCCUGGGCAACGGGCAGCCCCUGCGCACCCAGGGGGGCGAGCUGUCGCCCCAGCUGGCCGAGAGCCCCGGCAACCCCUUGGAGGGGGGCGGGGUGCCCACCUGUUGCCACGGCGACCACCACAGCAGCGGCAGCUCGCAGACCAGCGUGCAGAGCCAGGUGCACGGCCGGGGGGACGGCAGCUCCGGGGGCUCGUCCAAGGCGGAGGCGGGCGAGGAGGCAGGGUCGCCCACCUCCAAGAGGAAGCGGGUCAAGUUCACCACGUUCAGCACACUGCCCACCGAGGAGCUGCCCUACAACUCCAUCCCCAUCGCCGACGAGGAGGACAUCCAGUGGGUGUGCCAAGACAUGGGCUUCCAGGACCCGGCCGAACUGCACGACUACAUGCGCAGAAUAAAGGAGAUCGCGUGAGGUCGGCGCCAGGUCA